AUGGUCGCAGUUCUUGGUGCAGGAACACGCCCUCGGUUUCAUACCGCCUUAUUGAAAUGGGCUCUGAGAGCAAGGCACCAGCACCCUCUCUUGCCCUCUGUCAGUCGGUCAGCCGUCACAGGGAGUCUACGCGUCUCUCCUGAAAAGGAAAUGCUGUUAUCUCUUUGUCGACAUACCAUCUGUGACUUCUUCCAUAGGGUCAAGUUUACUGUUGUCCCGUAUACGCAUGACCCAGAGCUCGUAUCCCAAGUCAACAACAUCGUUCAAACCUGGGACACCGCAGUUGCGCUUCGUCCACAUGUUGUCACAGCUAUCGGCGGUACCAUCGCUGCCUACAGUCACAUCACCAAUAUCGAGACGAAGGUGCAGAUUGCGCUAUUUACUACGAUCAUUCUGGCUCUGGAUGAUCCAGACAUCCUCGAUUCUGUGCCGUCCCGCGAGUUCCACCACAUGUUGUUUUCGCGCAUGGCUGAGAGCAGCUCGGGUUUGCUCGGGGAGCUCAGGCGGCUGCUCCCAGGUAUGUGGGACCAUUACUCCCGGUUCGCGGCGAGCGCAAUCGUCACGUCGGCUCUGGACUUCAUGAACAUGACGAUUCUUGAGAACGAGACGAGGGAGAUGUCGCUGUCUUCGGAAGGAGCGGCGUUCCUUGUUCAUCGUCGGACGAGGACUGCAACUGCAGAAGCAUAUGCGCACUUUAUCUGGGCGAAGGCGAAAUUCCCCGACGUCAAUGUGUACCUACAGGCUAUCCCCGAUGUUAUGGUCUACGUGAACUGCGUCAACGACAUUCUUUCCUUUUACAAGGAAGAGCUUGCGGGCGAAACGGGAAACUAUAUUGGGGACCGCGCCGCUAUAGAAAGAAGAACCUCGAUGGAGAUCCUGCAGGAAAUCGUCGAUGAGACGGUUGCCACAGCAGAGCGAAUCUGGCACAUCCUUGGGGAAGGGGAUGCAAGAGAAUCAUGGGAGAGUUUCGCGCGGGGCUAUAUCAGCGCGCACGCCCUUACCCCACGAUAUCGUCUUCAUGAGGUUCUAGAUAGGCAGUAUCUUUCCCACUAA